AUGAAGGUCGAGGACGAGCCAAGCAUGCUGAGCGAGCGUCAGGGAUGGGUCGCCCACUGGAAAUGCCUGGUUGCCACAAUCUCCAUCAUCGCCUUUACUUUCAUGGUCAUCUUGGGGGACGCCUCCGAGUACGGCACAUCAUUCGCCAUAUUCCUUGUUGGCGUUAUUUUCCUUUGCCUCUCGAUCAUUUUGUACGUGAUGGAGGUGUGGUACUGCUCCACGCGCUCCUUCGUUCACAACGUGCUGUCGACGGAGUCUGCGGUGGAUUUCGUCAAUCGUCUGAAGAGCACACCUCCAGUAGUGGGCUACCACAUGAGCUGCUACAACCUGCAGGUCCGCGUGCGCACCACCACGGACUCGACCGGCAACACGAUGACACAGACAUACACUGAGAAGGUGACGACAUGGACUGGCAGCGAAAGUUUUCACUUUCACACAUGGAAGGACACGUCCGGUUCGGUUUCGGGCUUGGAGGACUACGAAAUGGCCAAACUGAGGCUGAUAAAGGAAAAGGGGUACCUGGACAGAUACACGCGGGAGUCCUUCCAAGAGAACAGGGCCCGGUUCGUGGCAGCAAAUCGCCACCGCGACGAUUUCUACGAAAUGAAUGACACGCUAGACAUUGACGGCUUCCGCGACAGCGUCCUGGCGCUGCGGGACAUCAACGAAAGGCCCUGGUGGCUGUACCCCGCCGUGUUCUACAUCGCCUCCCUUCUGCUCCUCACCUGGCCAUACCGAGUGCUGCUAAAUUCGCGGGUGAUCAGCACCAAGUUCAAGGUUGUCAAGUCCAUCUCCGCGGAACCUACCAGGGGGGAAGGCGCCCCGACGAGUGCCUCGGAAAUGUCGGUGGUGGACGUGCGUUAG